UCCUUUUUUCACUUUAGUAAUUUAAAUAGAGAAGUUAGACAUAAGCUUCAAGAUGGAAGCGUUUUCAAAUUGGUUUUGGCAAGAUUAUUUUUGGUUACCUCAAGGAGUGUCCUUCAGAGAUUUGAAAGAUCGUCCAGGAUUCGUUUAUGCCAAACCAAGGGAUUUAUUUUACGUUCCAGUUGUCGGACUUGGAAUUUAUUUUAUUAGAAUUAUAUAUGAAAGGUUUAUUGCACUGCCAUUAGCAAAGAGAUUUGGGGUUUCAGAUGGGAAGGAAAGAAAACCAGCGCAACCUAAUAAACAAUUAGAAGAAUAUUUCAACUUUAAAUCAAAACAUCCAACUGAGGCAGAAAUUGACGGCCUUUCAAAACAAUUGGAUUGGUCAACGCUCGUAAUCAAACGAUGGUUCAGAAGGAAAAGAAAUUUAAGUCGACCGAGUCUACAAACGAAGUUUUGCGAAGCGAGUUGGCGAUGUAUGUUCUACACUUUGGUUUUUACUUUUGGAAUGGGAACACUAUGGCAGACUCCAUGGUUUUGGGAUAAUUUGCAAUGCUGGGUUGACUACCCCCGUCAAUCUGUCGAACAAUCAACUUAUAUAUAUUAUAUGCUGGAAGCAAGUUUUUAUGUUUCUUUGCUGUUUACAGUUAUGCAAGAUGUCAAAAGAAAGGACUUCAAAGUUCAACUGAUCCAUCAUGUCGCGACAUUAUUUCUGAUUGGGUUUUCAUAUGCCGCAAACUUCGUGAGAGCCGGAACGCUUGUCAUGGCCGUCCAUGAUAUUUCAGACAUUUUCCUAGAAGGGGCAAAGUGCUUUAUUUAUAUUAAAUGGAAUAAUUUUGCAGACACUUUGUUCAUCUUUUUUGCACUUUCUUUUCUUAUAUCAAGACUGGUUAUUUUUCCUUUUUGGAUUAUUCAUACCACAUACAUAAAGAGCAUGUGGUUAUUCGACCCGUACCCAGGAUAUUAUUUCUUCAACGCUUUGUUGAUGGUGUUGCAAGUCCUUCAUAUUUUCUGGUCCUACUUAAUAUUACGUAUGGCAUUUUUUAUGGUGACUGCUGGAAAGGUAAGGGUUGAAAAGGAUGAUCGUAGUGACGUUGAGGAAGUGUCAACAGACGAGGAUACACCCAACCAUGAACAGAAUUCUAUCAACCAUGACAAGAAAUCAACCAUGCUGAACGACAACCAUACGGCAACGAAAAACGGGCCCACAACAAAAGCUAAACACAGAAAAUAAUAUUUUUUUGGCUCUUUCUAAAAUGCCAAAUUUAAAUAUUAGAAUUACCUCUCAUAAGACUAAACAUUCUGCCAUAUUUGCUGCUUACAAACUGCUCUUGUAACUAUGGUAACUAUGAAAACUAUGUCAGAUAAUCGCAGAUUUCUGUUAUAUCCAAUACUUUUUCUUAAAACCACGCCAAUCAUUUGUACAAUCAAAUUUAUUAGAACCUAUCAUUAUUGACUAAUUAUUUACCCCUAUUACUGCUUAUUUGUCUUAAGUAUGGAGAAUAUUUGCAGUGUAUAUACUCCACACUUUAAAAAAAUUGAAAAUAGAUUUACUAAUCAAAUAUUAUCAGUGGGUGUUUAUCUAUGCCUUAUCUUUAAUCUGCUGAUAAGUAUACAGUUGAUAACAGUGUUAGAUAACCAUCAUGAUUUAAUAUUGUGGGAAACAAGUUUGAAAUGGCACAAAAAACUAAGCAUAACAGGAAAUAUUUUACAUUUAUAUCUUAAAUAUAAUUAAUUGAUAAGUAUGUAACUGACAGAUAAGAACUCAGAUAAGGCUAUAUUUGAGUAUAUUGGUUUUUCAGAACAUAAUAAUGUAUCAGUGGUUUAUCUAAUUGUGAUAAGCAUUGAUAACCCUCUAAAUAAUUAUUUGGGCAUUAUAGAUAACACACCCCAUAACUAUUUUGAUAACUGGCUUUCAUCAAACUUUCUUUUUAUUUUUUUUACUUUUAUUCCAAUGAAUAGAAAACUACAUGACAGAAUGGAAUCUAAUUCAAUCACUUCAAAAUAUUAUGUUAAUUUUACAUGAUUUUUUGUAGCCUUUAUUAAUCAAUUUAAAAUCAGUCUCCUUCAUUUAAAAUCAUGAUUACUUGAUAAAAUGUCAGAUGGGGUCAGUGUGGCACUUUUUGACCUUGGAAAAAGCUUUCAAUAUGAGAGUUCACAUUUUUACUGUGCUAUCUGGGAAAAUGAUUUGAACAAAGUCACACUAAAUAUUACUACUAGUUAUGAAAAGUAAAAUAUUCACCGAAGGAUGUAUAACAAUUUCUAUGAUGAGGAUUUACUCAAAAGAAAAGAUACUCACACUCACUCUGAACUGCUAAAAGUCUCUUGUUAGCUGAAAUUUACUGGAUUUUAAUGUACCACCAUAAGUCUUUAUAUUUGCUAUGCUUGGAGGCACGAGACUUUUCUUUGAGAAAAAUCUUAAAAAAAUCCUGUGUUAUGUUCUCGCUUUCGACUUCUCAAUUGUUCCUCAAACUUGCGAACCAAACUAAUGUGAUAAAAUGCCUCUUUCGAUGAAAAAAUCAUAUUUAAGAAAUUGCAUUUGUGUUUUCACCGUGCCAGUCUUUGUAUCAAUGAUUUUCCACAUGAUUCUUUUUGUCAGCAGUAAUACAUUUCUUUAUUAUUAAAAAGUACAUACCCAGUCAGAAAAUCUGUUCUUUCUACAUGGUCAUGUAUAUGGACAAUGCUACAAGGCUUUAUAUAUGCAAUAGGCCCAAGGAAUGUCUCAAAAAGGUUUUCGUUUUUCCGAAGUACGGUAUAACUGGAUGUUAAAAUAUGCUUCACAAAAUUUGGUGAAAUUUAAACCCAGUUUGCAGUUAUAGUGGACUUAGGGAUAGUUCACUAUUUCCCAACCUAUGGGUCGCGACUCAAAACUGCAGCGCCUGUAGAUUUUCUUGGGUCGCUUGUUUUUUCAACAAAAACUUUAAAGUUAAUCAUUUUAUUCUUCAAUAAAUUUUAUUGUUUAUUUUGUAUUUGGUAUAGAAGUGUUGUUCAAUAGUAAUUGGGUACUCCUGAAGUAUGCGCACCAAGAUGUCGCAUAACCUGAACCCUAACCUUGUACACAACCUAAGUUCAGGUUGUGUACAGGCUGAAGUUUGCACACCAAGAUGUCGCACAACCUGAACCCUAACCUUGUACACAACCUGAGUUCAGGUUGUGCGUCAUCUUGGUGCGCAUACUUCAGGAGGUCCAGUAAUUGUAUGUGUAGGAAGUAUCACAAUGAAAUUUUGACAGACCUUUUUUUGCUUAGUAAAUCCACGCCACAAUUUCAAAGAAGAAUACUGUAUUCUUAUUUAAAGCCAGACUAUUUUAUUUGAUAAUUCCUCCGUCUAAAAUAAAGGCAGAACAUUGAAGGUCAUUGGCACAUGUCACAGAGAAAUAAUUGAUGCUUUGUGUCUAUGUCUUCGCAUAUUAGCAAUUUGUUUACAGCCUUUUCCCAAGGGAAAAUUGAGGCAUUGCUUAAGAAAUUUUAACUUCUUUAACAGAAACAAAAUAUUUAACCCUCUAUCAGACUCAAAU